AUGGCGCACAAUCAGCCCGUAGCUCCUUCUAUUAUUGGGUCCAAAACUUGGCAUAUCUGCACACCUUCUGCAUCUUCUGAAAAUACCACAAAAAGCACUUUGAGUAGUGAAAUUCCGCAAUCUUCCAUCCCAUGGCCUGGGCGAACCUUCAUCAUUCGAUCUCGCAAGAACGGACAAGUUAUCACGUUCUUAGAUGGCGAGGUCGUGAUGGACAAACUAGGAGGGCUUGGUACAUUCAGGUGGCGAUGCGUCGAGGAGAAAGGUUGGAUAGGGUUUAAGGAUCCAGCUUCUGCGCAAUAUCUUGGUUAUCAUGAACAUGGACUUCUGUUUUGUAGAUCUCCUCAUCAUCGAAACAACGAAUACAUAUGUCCCCGAAUGCGCCCAGAAGGUGGAUGCGUUCUGCUAGUAAUUCACGAUGAGAAUCUUCGUCCCUUGGGUGUAUACGGAAAUGAAUCGGAGAAUGGGAUCAAGCAGAAGAUCAAGAUUAAUAUGGACUGGAGUUCUGAGGAGAUUGUGUGGGAUUUUAUUGAGGUACGAAGUCAGGAAUAA